GAGGGAGAGGGUAAGGCCUACAGGUCGGUGGCCCCUCACAAAAUGGCCCCAUAGAGGCAGACAGCCUGCAUGACAGGAGCAGCUGCAAGGAUUAUCAAACAGUGUUAGGAUUGGAUUUUAGAAUAGGCCAAGUUUGGAAGAAGAAUGAUAGGAACAAGAUAUUGAGCAUUAAAGAGGAAGAGGGAAAAACGAUACAGAAGAAAGUUGCAGGCUAAGACAGGUAUCAUAUAUUGAAGGACUAGAAGAAGACCAUAAUCAGAUUUUGGAGAUUUCGAUGCAGACCAUUAUGAUGAUGAUGAAUUGGGGGGUUAAGAAAGAGUUGGUUUUAAUGAUGAUGGUAAUGAUAAUGAUGUUUGUCCAGUUUGGGUGAAUAGGUGACAAAGAAGCAGCAGUUAACCAGAUCCAAAAGAUCUUCAAUACAAUGUCUUCUUCUUCUCCCAAGCUCUCUGUUGUCAGUAGCAGUAGCAGUAGGGACCAGGAUCUUAACAUGGUUCAGCAGCAGCAGCAGCAGCAAUCAACCACUACAAUAGCAAUAGCAGCAGGAGCAGCAGGAUCAAACACAGCUAUAACCAGGAACACCAGUGCCAUAGUAAAGAGAAAGAGAAAUCUUCCUGGAACACCAGACCCAGAUGCAGAAAUCAUUGCCCUAUCUCCCACUACUCUCAUGGCCACAAACAGAUUUGUUUGUGAGGUCUGCAACAAAGGAUUCCAGAGAGAACAAAAUCUGCAGCUCCAUAGAAGAGGACAUAAUCUUCCCUGGAAGUUGAGGCAAAGAACUACUAAAGAGAUAAAGAGGAGGGUUUAUCUGUGUCCAGAACCCACUUGUGUGCACCAUGAUCCAUCCAGAGCUCUAGGAGACCUCACUGGUAUCAAAAAACACUUCUGUAGAAAACAUGGGGAGAAGAAAUGGAAGUGUGAUAAGUGCGCCAAGAGAUAUGCUGUUCAGUCGGAUUGGAAAGCUCAUUCUAAGACUUGUGGUACGAGAGAAUAUAGGUGUGACUGUGGGACUCUUUUUUCCAGGAGGGACAGCUUUAUUACCCACAGAGCAUUUUGUGAUGCAUUGGCUGAAGAAAGUGCAAGGGUUCCUGGAGGAUUAACAGUUACAGGUAGCCAUUUGUAUGGUAACAAUGUUCUAGUUGGCUUGCAAGCUGCAGGCCAGUCAGGCUCUCCAAUGCCUAUCAUGGCAGCUCCAUCUUCCUCUUCUUCUUUCAGGCCUUCAGCAAGCCUUAGCCAUGGAGGAGGAGGUGGUGGCAUGAAUUCUGCCAUAUUUUUUCAACAGCCAUCCAGAGCCAUGCAACAAGCAGCUGCAGCAGGUAUGCUUCAGGAUAGCAGUGGCUAUGAUGGUGGUAGUAGUAAUUCACAGGGAAUGAUGUAUGAGAAGCCAUUGGCAGGCUUGAUGCAGCUGCCUGCAAUGGGGUCCUCCAAUAAUCCUGGAAGUCAGAUGGUAUAUCCUGAUCUUUUCUCUUCAUCUGAUCUCCAACAUAGUGGGGUUUCUGGAUCAGCAAUGCAAGAUUUUACAGGAAACAACAAUACACAACCACUCUUCAGUAUCAACAACAACAACAAUAACAAUAAUAGCAAUAGUAAUGAUAAUGGUGGUGGUAGUAGUAGCGGCAGCAUGGGUCCUCAUGGCCACCACCAUGGAGGUAUCAGCCUGCCCAAUCUAUACAGCCAACAGCACCUCAGCCAAAGCACCACCACUCAUGCUCAAAUGUCAGCCACUGCAUUGCUUCAGAAAGCUGCCCAGAUGGGUACAACUGCAACCAGCAGUAGCCCAUUGCUGAGAGCCUUCAAUGGCAAUCCAAUAAACAACAACAACACCAACAAUAUGGCUAGGUCUUUCAGUGGAAACGGCUCAAGAUCAUUAGAAAAUGAAGGUCUACAAGACCUUAUCAUGAAUUCUCUUGCAGGCGGAUCCACAGGACCCAUGUUUGGAUUAAGCAGCAUGCAUCACCAUCAACCUAUGUAUGGUGGGAAUUACAAUGUUGUGACUGAAAAUGACAGGAACCCACUACAACAGCAAGCUUAUCAUGUCCAUGGAAUACAACAAAAAAUGCAAGGAUCUGGUGGGAGCAAUCAAAUAUCAUCAGUCUUAUCAGGCAUGACAAGCAGAAAUGAAGAUCAAGCAGCAGGAGACAGAUUAACCAGAGACUUUUUAGGUGUGGGAGGGGCCUCAAAUGCAAACUUUCUUAUUAGAAAUCAUCAUGCAGAUAGUAUCACCAACAUGGACUCCCAAAGGAAUGCUGCAGCUUCAUAUAACACCACCACCACCACCAACACCACCACCAACAACAACAAUAGUAAUCAAUGGGAAAACUUGAGGUGAGUUUAUUCUUUUGGGUGGCCAAAAAUGCUGAGCUUGAGGGACUUUGGAUUACAUCCAGCAAUACAAAUUGCUUGUCCAAUGAUGGUAAAUACCCAUUUUUUUCUUUCCUUGUUGAUGAAGAUCCAAAAACAUUUAGGUUAUUCUCUGUACUUUUUUGGUCGGGAUUCAAUAGUUUUGAGUGACAAAAUGUUGUGGAGCGAGAGAAAUGAAAAUUUCCAUUGCUUUUCCUCUGCUGUAGUUUGAAAGAACUUUUCCCUAUUCCAUUUCACAUGAAAUACGAAAGAUCUUAAGACACCAUGGCUUAGUUUCA